AUGAGCGAGGCGCCCAUGGAGACGCAGUUCUGUGUGCUGCGGGUGGCUGGAGGCGGCAAGGGCAGCGACGGCGAGUUUGCAGUGCUGGCGCCGCUGGUGUGUCACGAGGGCGAGUGCCGCUCGACGAUUGAGGGCGGGGGAGCAUUCGAUGGUAAGUGCGUACAUACCUGAGUGAGUCAAUGAAGGGGAGCGGGAUGGAUGAGGAUGGCUGGGCGUGCGUGCCUCCCCAUGUGUGUGUGUCUUCCUUCCUCCAGACUUCGUGCUAGUCGUGACGACAAACAACGCAUGCUUCGAGCCUCCCCGAGGUGCCAACCUGCUCAUGUGCCUCCACCCGCCUCGCGACACAUCACUCUAUGAGGUAGGUAGGUAGGUAGGUAGGUAGGUGGGUGUGCAACAAACAUCACCAUCACACGCACAAGAGUACACCACUCCACUGCAUUGCAUCGCGUCGUCUAUCUGUCUGUCUGUCUUGCAGACCCUGAACCUGUCUGCAUCAGUCCUCUCUCGACUCACCAGAGGCCGCUGCCUACCCCGCCUGGCCAAAGAGCGCGUGGCCUUCCUUCCUUCCCCGCCCCCUGCACCCCCGCCCCUCGAUGACCCCUAUGCUCUCUUGCGUGAGUGGGGCUGGUGUUCCUGGGACGCCUACGGCCUGGAUGUCAUGCCGCAGCACGUGAGGGACGUGCUGAGGUACUGCUGCCAGGGCGGCGGGGUGGUCGGCCCUCCGGGGUGGGUCGUGCUCGACGACGGCUGGCAGGAGCAUGGCUGGCAGGACAGGUAGAGCGUGUGUGGACCUCACUCCGUGUGUUUAUGCUCCCGCUUUUCUCUGUCUGUCUGUUGCAGGGAGGAUUUCUCGAGGAAGGCCCCCCAAAGUGGGUUUGACGGCAACGAACGCUUCGCCCCUCUGGCCCAGUCCAUCGCCCGCCUGCGCGAGGGCCAACAUGAUGUCAAGGUGCUCGUGUGGCACACGAUCCAGGGCUAUUGGGGCGGUGUGCGCGAGGCCCUUGCGAAACGGCAGGGCUAUGGGCUGCGCACGGGGGUCUUGCCUGUCUUCCCGCCGGCGUUCUGGGAAUACGGGAGAGACACGGCCGAGUUCUUCAACCAGCAAUAUCAGAUUGUGGUGCCCAAAGACAUCGAGCGGUACUACAGCGACUUUUAUGGGUUCCUGCAACAGCAAGGUGAGUGAGUGAAAAGAGGACCUUCUCUCUGUGUCUUCAUGUCAUCCAUCCAUCCAUCCCAUGUGUUCGUGUUUGUGUGUGUGAUCCUCUCUCUUUAGGUGUGUGGGGCGUCAAGCUUGAUUCCCAGGGGCUGCUGGAGCACCUCACAGAGGGGUGUCUGGCGGCCAGCGGCCCCAAGUAUACCCUCACCUACAAGACGGCCGCCGCCAAGGCAGCCGCACUGCACUUCUCUUCCUCGGCGCCGUCGACCCAGGCCACGUCCAAACACGCCAACCGUCUGCAGCCGUGCGGCCGCAUUCUCCACUGCAUGAGCAACAGCAGCGCCUGCCUUUACGCCAGUGGGGGCGACGCCCUGACGCGGACGAGCGACGACCACGCCUUUCCCCACGUAGAGGAGCGGGCUGAGGACGUGGCCAUCUUCAUCUGGACCAACGCCACGGUGUCCUUGUGGGUCGGCACUCUCUGCAGAGUUGGUGAGUGAGGUGACACCACACCACACCACACCACACCACCAUCGACACGACACACCUACAGGCAGACGGAAAGACAGCCAACCUAACGUCACGUCUCUCCGUUGCAAUGCAGACUGGGACAUGUUCCGCCUGGCGGACUGGUGCGGCAAGAUCCAUGCGCUGGCUCGCGUGGUGUCUGGUGGCCCCAUCUACCUCAGCGACGAGGCCACCCUCUUCGACAAGUCGCGAUACGCCAAGGGCGGGGGGCCGCUGGCCCUCCUGCGCAAGUGCCUUGUGCCGCGGAAUUGCGGCACGUCGUCGUCGUCACCACACACGGGGCGUGAGGGUGGCUGUGUGGUGCCGUGCAUCGAUGUGGGGCUGCCCUCUGUGGACUGCGUGUUUGUGGACCCACUUGUCACGCCACAGGGGUGCGCUGCGGAGUGGAAGAGAAAACUGCACCGCACCUGUGUGUGGAUGGAUGGAUGGUCGUGUCGUGUCGUGUCGGUUUGUGCGUGUCUGUCUGUCUUCAGGUACAAGGUGGUCAAUGUGUGCAUGGGUGGGUGGAUAGUGGUGGUGUUCGGCCUAUGCGACAGCGAGGGCGAGCUCUACCCGCAGGCCAUCUACCCCUCGGACGUGCUGCCGCGGCCCUCACCGGCACUCUGGGCCUUCCCAAAAGACCGCAACAACAAGGGCCUGCCGCCGCCGUCACUCCUCUGCUUUGAUGAAGAGACCAGACAUGCCGCGCCCCUCAUCGAAGCGUAAGCGAGCCACAAAGAGGAAGACCGUCCGACGCCCAGAAACAUGGAUGUGUCUCUUGAUGUCUCAGGACGCCUUGGGAGGUGUCUCUGUUCUUCAUGCACGCCCGUCUCUACGCGAUCGUCCCCAUCCACCCACUCCACUACUACCCCUCCCCAUGCCACCAGCAGCCCCCCCAGCUGCUGGGCCACGUGAGCAUCGUGGGCCUCGACGGCGUCUUCAACUCACCAGGCACCCUCCUCGCCCCUCCCGAGCCCGUCCGGCUCACCGUCAGGGGGCGGCAGCUCACAAUGACAGGCGUCAUGUGCUGCCCGGGGGGCGAUGGCGACCUGCUCGUAUGGAGCGACUCGCCCACCAUUCUGGUCGUCCGUUGGCGGAAAGAGGCGCAGGGUGGUGCUGGUCUGUCGAAGGUGCGGCUGAGCUGGUCGAUGGCCGAGGCGGCCGGGCAGCGAGACAAGGUGCUGCGUGAGGUGGUGACCCUGACUGGUGGAGCGAGGGACGAGAGAGGCAACGUUGAGGUAGUUGUGGGUGCUGAUGAGCUAGUCAAUCGGCGUGUGUGUACAGAGAGGGUGGGGAAGGGGGACUUAUGGCAAUUGUGUGGGUUAUCUCUGGGCGAUGUGGUUGUGGUUGUAUUGGGAACUGAGAUUGAGAUGGUGACAGAGAGAGACAGUAGGGGUGGUUGACAUAACUGAGAUGUCUGCGGAUGAGUAUUAAUGGAUGAUGUAACAGAUCUUCAGUACUCACAUACAUGACACGUGACAUCUGAUGAGAUCCAGCCGAUGUCGCAGCCAGACGAAAAGCGCCAGCCGCGUCCUCAUGCGGAAAGUGCACUUCGUCCGGGCGCGAAAUGGGUAAGGUCACUCAAACAGAGAACGCAACGAUGAGCCACUCAAUAAGCGACAGGCAGCAUACUGAGGUGAUCG